AGCAUCAUCACGGCCCUGUUUCAGAGGCUCCCACCAAUCAUAGUAAAUAUUCUUUCAAGACUCAUUUUAAAAGAUGUCCGAGGAGCGUUUUACAACGCUCUCCUCAGGAUGCCGGAUCUGCUACCAGGUCUUCGGGAACUCCUUGGAUACAGCCAUCCUUCUCAUCUCGGGACAUAGUUGUGCCAUGACACAAAAAACCGACGGGCUUAUUUCGCUGCUCAGUUCCCCUGGCCAUCCACACUGCAUUAUCCGGUUCGAUCAUCGAGAUACAGGCCGGUCAACGUCUUUUGCAAAGCCAUCUGAUGAGGCACCGGUCUACACGCUGGAUGACAUGGUCGAUGAUAUCGUAGGCCUCAUCAAACACCUCGAACUCUCAAGUGUCCACCUCGUCGGCACCAGCUUGGGUGGAACUCUGGCAUGGCAGACAGCUAGUCGCCUGCCUGAUAUUGUCCGAAGUCUAGCCCUUGUCCUCACGAGCCCAGUUGGGCGACAGCAGCUUCCUAGUGAUGAUCUGCCUCGGGUAAAAUUAGAGGGCCAAUGGCUUUUGGCCGAGGCAUAUGAGAUUCCAGAGGACCGGAACGACGAUGAAGGCUGGAUUGAAUCAUAUAUGCGUCUCGACCUUGCUCUUGCAACUCAGCCGCCCACCGAUGAGGAAAAGGCUGAAUCGAGGCGGGAGUCUGAGAUUACAUAUUACCGCGAGAAAGAGAGUGGCACUAUGUGGACCAAGUACAAUCACUCUGACGCGUCGGGUGUGAGGUGGCCACG